GCACAAAAAUUCAACCUCACUUCUCUACCUAAUCCGAUUCUCCACAAUUCAUAAACGUAAUGUCGAAAAAAACCCCGGAGACUAAAUUGGGACGUAGGAGGAAGUGAGGUGCGGGCGAGGACGGUGAAAAACGAUCAGGAAAUUGACCGGAGAGGGGUCGUCUGAGCUUCGUCGGAAGCUCGUAGGAGACUCACCGCCGGUGACUUGGCCGUGAAAAACGUGCUCCAAAUCUCCCCAAAAUCUCAGCAUAGGCCAAUGAAGACAGAUCCGCGGAUCCGAUGGAUCAGAGGCUUGCGUCCGGCAAAGUUCAACGAGGUCGUCGCAGCCGAGCCUCCACCACCUCCACCAGUCAAGUCAUACCCCGACGACCAGGAUGUUGGGCCCUCCUCAGCCGCACCAGGUGGUAGUUACUGGGCCUCCAUGGAGGCUCAUUUCGAUCGGAUCGAGGCACGUCUCGAUCGUGAGCGGCAUGGCAGGCACUACUCCCAUUUCCUGCUGGAGCGCCUAUGCUCGGAGGCUGAUGUGGACAUCACCCAAGACUUCUGGCACCCUUAUCCACCGCGGGAUGAUGACGAGGAGGAGUGAUACUUGAUUGCGAGCUCCAUGUGUUUUGUGUCUAUUGUUGGUGUUUGUUUUCUUUCUUGUUUGUUUGAAGCCAUGGGGCUGACGACUAUUAUCCUAACUCUUGCCCAUUGUGAGUGAUUGUGUUUGUCUAGCCUUGCUUCUCAGAAACUGGUCCACUGUCCAGUGCGCUCUUGAUGAUUGGUCCAUUUCCAGUCUCCCUACAGUCCGUUUUUACUGGUAACAUCGUUCUCCUUAUCGUUCUCUCUUCUCAAUUGAGGGCAAUGCCAUUCUUAAGUGUGUGUGUGGGGGGAGGGGGUGUUUCUCUUUGACUACAUAGAUGAGUUUUUAUACUUGGGGCCUAGUCCACUGUCCAAAUUUUUAAACUUGAGGGCCCCAAGUACUGUUCCUUGCAAUAACUUGCUCAGUAUGCU